CGCUGAAUCACGAUGAGCAGCCCGCGAGUGCAGUAUAGGGGCGACCCGCCCACUGAAAGUGUUAGCAAUAGUAAAGUUACAGAUCAAAAUCAAGAACGACAUGAUCAAGUAGAUGAAUCUCAACAACAACGAACCCCAAAUCAGCAUCAACAGCAACACUAUCACUUCCACCCGCAACACGCACAGCAACAACUAUUGCAACAAGACCAGCAACAGCAGCAACACCACCAGCAACAACACCACCAGCAACAACACCACCAGCAACAGCAUCACUCACAGCAUCAGCCGCAACAGCAUGAUUCGAAUGCCCAAGGCUAUAACAAUCAGUCAGGAUCUCAGUACAAUGUCGGACCGAGAGCUCAGUGUCAAUCACAACACAACGGUUACUCAAACCCACAAUCGCACCCCUACGAUAACAGAGGCAGAUCAAAUAACGGGACUCCGCGUAUCAUGACAUACAAUCCCAAUCGUCAACCUCAGCAAUAUUCUAAUACGCCACAGGCCGGCUAUAGUGACGGCAACGGUAGCGCUAAUAAUGUGAAUAAUUUCACUCAAGUCAACGGCAGUAAUAGCACACACGUAACAUCUGAGCGAGAGGGACGGGGAACGGGGCGGUUUGGUGCUCAGGGACCCACGUGCAAUUCGGAUGAACUUGGGGACCAAGGUGUAUUGCAGCCACCACAAGCCAACUCGCAUAUGAAUACGCUGCAAGCACCUAUGCGCAAUCAAGGUUUCAACAGUAACAAUCAAAAUACGGGACAAGACAUGCAGGGCCGAAGCUACGGACCACCACAUGCAAACAGCGGUGGGCCUUCGAGCACGAGUGCUAGUAGUAGAGGUAGUUACAAUGUUGCCAAUGGUAACAACGGGCAGAUGCGACACUCAAACACACACUCGCAACAGAACUACCAGUGUCAGCAACCACAAUUUAUUUCGCAAGAGGAGGCUGAGUCUCAGCAGCAAAGGCAUCCACAGCAGGCCGGUACAGGGGCGUUGGUGAGGGAUAACAAAUAUAUGCGGAAUAUUCCAUCUCCUAUGAAUGAGCAAAGGGUGCCUUCGGACAGUAUCACCCCAGAACAGAAUCAGGGAUUCAACAGUUCACAAGGGCCGGGCGAUAUUAAAUAUGCACACACACUGCGUGCACAGCCUCAAUUGGCUAUCGCAGCAGAAGCAGCUAAUGUCCCGCAGCAGCAGUCACAGCCGCCUGGAUCAAGGGGUACUGAAGCAGAGGAUGCAAGUCAGAAUGGCAGUGUAAGUGGACGACGGCGCGUAUCCGGCUAUAGACUGAAGACGAGCGUACCAUCUAUCACGACGUCACAAUUGCCUCACCAUUGGAGAUGCAACAAGGCUUUGGCGGUACCCUUUGUGGUAUACUCCAGCGAGCCCAUACCAGAUGGAACCGAAGUGCAGGUUGUGGCUAUCACGUCAGAUGGCAAUCAAGGGGAAUUGCGGAACAGUAACGCGUACUUCAGAGCUAAUGUUGCUAACUUUAGCGGAUUCCGAUUUGUAGGUAGAUCAGGCCGCGGGAAAGCUUUCAGAUUGAUUCUUAAGUUCCAAACACAUCCACCAAUGGAGGCUGUCCUGGAACUGAAGGUCAAGAUUACAGUGGACGGGCCCAGACCUAAACGUGCGAGGAGACUCUCUGAGCCAAGUAAAGCUGCUGAGGCUGAAGCGUGGGAGGCUAAAGAACUUGAAAAGGCGAAGAAUGCGUCAGAGGAUAAAGGUGAUGCAGCCGCUGCUGGUCAGGCUGAAGAUGGGCACGCUGACAACAAAAGUCAUCAUACAGGCAGUCACCACACUGGGAGUAUACAUGGAAACAACGUCGGGGAUGUAUAUACUAAUUCUCCGGCGAAGAAAAUGAGACCAGGGACACCAAUGGCAAACUCGUCAAGGGCUGGGUACCCGCCCAAGCCUGGGAACUCACGGAACAACACGAAUAUCAGAUCGAGCGGAGAUCCAGCGACGGCGUAUGAAAAUGGAAUGGUCAAUUCGGGCUCUAAUGUGAACCCUGGCCCGCAUAUUAUUUACGCUCAGAACAGCAAUAACCCUAGCCACCAUAGUCAUGCACCCAGCUUUGAUGGUAACAGUCAGAGCAACGGGAGCCUUCGAAGCCAACACAGUCAACCUGCUGAACGCGAUCAGAAUAGGCAGGAUUCUUCACAUGGAGGAAGUCAUGGACCACAACAGAAUGCUGGCAGCGCUGCCAGCUGCUCAUCGUACGCUAUACUUCAAGGGUUGAAGCUUGUCUCGCUUUCUGUGACCAAUGGCUUGGAGGGCGAUCCUAUCACGGCUGUGAUCAAGAUUAGUGAAAGUAUAGUGCAACAAUUCGGAUGGAGCAAUAUGAGCUACAGUGUAGCCUUCGGCCAACAUCCCCCGGUCUUCACCAAUCCGAUUGUCAACAACAACGGCCAGAUGUACUACAGAUUCCAUGCACCCGCCAUCCACUCGAAAAUGACUCAGUUGACGGCCUUGGUGAAGGUCGCUAACAAACAGAUAUACUGUGGAGAAAAUAUGUUGAUGUUCGAACACAGGUCCAAUGCAACACCGCUGCCGCGAAAAUACGGCACCGUGGACUCGCGAGGGCUAGGCACGGAGAUGUUAAAAUUGCACGAGGAGUUUUCGGAAAUGAUGGAGCAGCGCCAACCCGGCUCAAAUGCGUCACCGGAGGAAGUGGCAUUCCUAUCGAAAUUGUGCUUCGAAGAGGACGUCAUGUUACAGAAGUUUAGAGAAAGCAUCAUGGUUUUGGGUCAAAUGCGGUUUCUACCGCCCGUAGGGGGGUCACCGGAUACCAGCAUGACGGCACUGCACCUUGCGGCCGAGUUUGGUUGGCAAAAUUUCAUGGGCGUCCUGCUCGAUGCCGGGGCUGAUUUAGACCAGAGAGAUGCCAUGGACUUCACUGCCGCUUCGUAUGCUUACAAAGCUGGCCAGCGAGCCCUGCUAGAGUACCUGAAAUCCAGAGACGGGUACAACCACAACUUCUACAAACCGCAGAGCCAGUAUCGGCCGCCUUUGGAGUAUCAGAAGCAACAACAGCAACUGCUACAGCAGCAGUUGGAGUACGAGCAGCAACAGCAGACGCGAACCAAUAUACAACAGCGCCAAACAAAUGAACAACAACAGCAAACCAUGACCCAAGAGAUGCAACAGCAACGACAACUGGAGCAGCAGCAAAUGCAGCGACAGCUGGAUGCGCAGCAGCAACAGCAGGAGCAGCAGCUGAUGGCGCUGCAGCAGCAACAGCAGCGACUGAACACGCAGCAAGAGAUGCAGCAGAAGCAACAGCAGCAGAAUGACCAGGUGGAGCAGCAGCAACAGCAGCGCAAGCAACAGUGGGAGCAGCAGCAGCAGCGCAUGGUCCCGCGAGGAGGGGGAGAGUUUAAGCCGUAUGAACCCGAUCAGCCUCAGCAACUACAGAUUGGCAGCUCACAACAACAGCAAGAUCAGGGCCAACAACAAGGUCUAGGUCCAGGACAAUUCCAAAGUCAGGGCGCGCAGCAACAGAUGCGGAGCUUAGACCGACUACCUUCGAAGGGUUGUCAGCUUUCGUUCGAUCCUGGAAGACAGUCACAAUUCGAUAAUAAUGGACAGCAACAACUCGAUAACAAUGGACAGUCACAAUUCGAUAACAAUAGACAGCAACAAUUCGAUAAUAAUGGACAGCAACAAUUCGAUAAUAAUGGACAGCAACAAUUCGAUAAUAAUGGACAGCAACAAUUCGAUAAUAAUGGACAGCAACAAUUCGAUAAUAAUGGACAGCAACAAUUCGAUAAUAAUGGACAGCAACAAUUCGAUAAUAAUGGACAGCAACAACUCGAUAAUAAUGGACAGCAACAACUCGAUAACAAUGGACAGUCACAAUUCGAUAAUAAUGGACAGCAAGGGUUUGGUUCAAGGAGUCGGCGACAGUUAAACAUUGGAAAUCAACAACAGUCUGACAACGGGAAUCAGCAACAGUUCAACAACGGGGGCCAACAACAGCUCAACAAUUGGGGUCAACAGCAGUUCAACAAUAGGGAUCAACAGCAGUUCAACAAUAGGGAUCAGCAUCAGCAACAAUUCGACUACGCUGGUCAGCAACAGACCCCUAGUGCGCAGCAAUCUUUUAACUCCGGAAGCCGCCCACAAUAUGAAUUUAACAGCGGACUUCAGCCUGGUCAGGUUACCCAUUUGAAUCAGGGCGGCCGAGCCUGCACCGCGCAACGAAGUAAUCGUGCUUCGAGUGAUAGUUGUUAUAGUGGAUACCAGGCACAAAAGCGACCGAGUGUCAGGCUCAGCGGAAUCGCCUCAGAACCAAAACAAUAUGUAGCACAAAAAAAUGAACCGCAUCCAGAGGGGGGGGCUCAAUACAGUCGAGCUCGAAUUCGCAUAAUUCUGAAGCAGGUUUAGAGAGUGCCGAUACGGUACAGAAUUACCAGAACCAAAAUCAGAACCAGA